AUGCGCCGGUUCUUCGGAUUUAGAGGCAGAGCCUUGAACUUAGCCAUUAGCUCCCUGGGCAGUCUUGAUUUCUUGCUUUUCGGAUAUGAUCAGGGCGUCACCGGUGGUCUGCUGGACCUCCCGUCGUUCAUCAAAUACUUCCCCGAUAUCAAUGACAAGGCUGAGGGCAUCGACCAAGCUUUGAAAUCGCAGCGCAGUUUGAACCAGGGUAUUGCCGUCGCAUCUUACAAUUUGGGAUGCUUUGUUGGCGCCAUCUUGACUAUCUUUAUCGGAAAUCCGCUCGGUCGACGAAAAACCAUCUUUAUCGGCUGUUGUACUAUGGCGACUGGGGCUUUAUUGCAAUCAACCGCGUUUCAUUUGCCACAUUUUAUUGUCGGUCGGAUUAUCACUGGUAUCGGGAAUGGUAUGAACACAAGUACAGUGCCCACAUGGCAGUCAGAGUCAUCUAAAGCCCAUGAUCGUGGAAAAUUGGUCAUGAUUGAGGGUAUGCUUAUCACGGGAGGCAUUACACUCAGUUACUGGAUCAAUUACGGAUUUUCGUUUAUCCCCAACAGUGAGGUGGCAUGGCGCUUUCCCCUAGCCUUUCAGAUUCUCUUCGCCGUAGUCAUUUUCAUCUCAAUUAUGAAUCUGCCCGAGUCUCCGCGAUGGCUAGUGAUGCAGGGCCGCAACGAUGAGGCAUUGGAGAUUCUCGAAUACCUUAAUGAGAAACCGCGUGACGACCCCUAUGUUAUCAAUGAGUUUAGAUCUAUUCAGGAGACCGUUAAGGAAAUGUCCAAGGGUUCUUACCGAAGUUUGUUUGAUAUGAGCGAGUACCGAGAAUUCCAUCGCGUCGCACUCGCCUAUGUCAAUCAGAUGUUCCAGCAAAUUUCCGGAAUUAAUCUCAUCACGUACUAUGCUCCCUCUCUGUACGCCGAAAUCGGUCUGGGCGAAGGCAAUCUGCCAAAGUUGUUAGCCGCCUGCAACGGCACCGAAUACCUCAUGGCUGCAUUUAUCCCGAUUUUCAUUAUCGAAAAGGCUGGACGUCGGCCACUCAUGCUCUUUGGGGCCGCGGGCAUGUCUAUCUCCAUGGCUGUCCUGGCGGGAACCAACUACCGGUUGACGCAUCUCGGUGAUAGCCAGGCCGGUAUCGGACAGGCCGUGUUCCUCUUCGUCUUCAACACGUUCUUCGCCAUCGGUUGGCUUGGAAUGACCUGGUUAUACCCGGCGGAGAUCGUCCCACUGCGAAUUCGUGCACCAACUAAUGCACUGGCAACCAGCGCAAACUGGAUCUUCAACUUCAUGGUCGUGAUGAUUACUCCGGUCUCAUUCACCAAUAUCGGUUACAAGACCUAUGUCAUCUUCGCUGUCAUAAACGCAUUUAUGUUCCCCUGCGUGUAUUUCUUCUUCCCGGAAACCCGCUACCGUUCCCUGGAAGAGAUGGACAACAUCUUCAAGAAGUCCACGAACGUUUUCAACGCGGUGACCAUCUCAAUCAAAGAACCUUACCGCUACGACAAACACGGCCAGCUGAAGCCGGAGUACCUCGAGGAGGCCAUCCGUCGCGAGAGCGUUACGGCCCCGGCCCCCGUCAAGCCCUUUGAGAGCGACGACAGUACCACUGAAGUCAAGGCUUGA